AUGUUCAAGGAGAAGAUCAACGGCCUGAAAGAACAAAUCGACCACGAUCGCGCAGCUCUAUUGCGCUUGGAAGAAAUUCUAGAUGAGCACAACCCGACUUGGCCGGUACUUCUGGCGCGAACUGCUUAUGAAUACACUUGCGCAGAGGGUCUCAAAAGAGAUCAGUACGAAAUGCUUCAGGCCCUGGGAACCAGACAAUCUGAAUUUCUUGGGCCGCCCUCGCAGGAGGCGCAGCCUGUGUUCGGCCUCACGGAUAGCAGGGUCAUCUCCCUGAUAUCCAACAAUCUGGAGGAGCAGAUUGAGCUUUUCCGGGACCUGAGCAAGAUCCUUGCAAUACCGAACCAACUCAUAAUCAAGUACGCCCUCGCAGACGAGUUUCCGGGAUAUCUCAGGACUGACUCCAGUACCUGCGGGUUGGCCACUGCUACUGUCUCAAACAAACGAGACUACAAUGGAAACCUCCUAGGCAGGCCGUGUAGAUGGAUUGCUUUCGAGAAAAAAAUUGAUGCUGCUAGCCGACAGGGGCUAGAAGAGGCAUGA